UGUCAUACUGCAGUGACAUCGUUUAAUUUGGGAUCUAACUACAUUAGUCAUUUACAUAAAAAAAUGACUAAUUUAAGUCCUGGUAUAAUUACAAAAAAAUAUAUUAAAAAAGUUGAUAAAAUGCGCGAAUUAUCAAGAGGACGACGUUUAAAUUUUAAAAAACGGAUAUUUACAAUGAAUAAGCGUAAAUUAUUUUCUGGACCCGAUGAUGAUUAUGGAGCUGUGGAAAUGGGUUGCGAGAUAAUUGAUAUGCCUUUUGAUGAGUAUCAAAAUAAAAAGGAACUAUUUUUGAAAAAAAUAACAUUAAAAUCUGAAGAGAUAGUAGCGAUUGAACGAAGUACAAUUGGACAGCAAGAUAAUGAUAUGUGGCAACAAUAUAGAAAAUAUCGACUAACGGCGUCCAACUUUGGAAAGGUUUGUAAGCUUCGACCAACAACUUCCCGUGCAAAUACUGUAAAGCAUAUUUUGUACGAUAUUUUUCAAGGAAGUUCAGCUACGAGGUAUGGAAUCGAAAAUGAGUCAAUUGCCAGAAACGCCGUUCAAGAAACUUUAGGAAUAACUAUACAGUUAGCAGGUUUAUUUAUUCAUAAAUCCCUGCAUUAUUUGGCUGCGAGUCCGGACGGGUUAAUAAACGAAGACUCGAUAAUAGAAAUAAAAUGUCCGUCGAGUAUAAAAGAAUAUACACCACAGGAAGCGGUUACUCUCGAAAAAUUAAAGUAUAUGACCGAUUAUAAGGGGAAGCUUGUUUUAAAAAAAACGGACAAUUAUUAUUUCCAAGUACAGGGCCAACUUAAUAUUGCCGAAAAAAAAUAUUGUUAUUUUGUUGUAUGGAGUCCCAAAGGUUUUGUAAUAGAUAAAAUACCUAGAGAUGAAUCAUUUUGGAAUACAAAAAUUGAACCAUUUGUUACUCGAUUUUAUAUGAAGUCAUUACUUCCAGAAAUAAUCGAUUCUAGGUUUGAUCGAGGAUUACCAAUAAGACCAGGCAUUCCCGAAAAAAUUGUUUAA